CUGUUUACAGGAAGUAACUAGAGAGACAAAAGACAUGUUCAAGCUGAUACAUAGGAAGGAUUGUACAGAGACAGCGGACUGAGCUGUGACAAGAGAGUGCAGCCACCUUCCUUCCAUAACAAGGGUCUCCUCACUGUGUGCUAUGGCAAGCCAGUCUACAGAGGUGACAAAGACAGAUGUAGACAAGCAGACUGUGCCACGAUCACCCCGCAAAAGACCCUUGACCAUGGUAAAUGUUACUGAGGUAGGUCAUCACAAGAUGUCAGGUGCAGUUCCUGCAGAUGAAGACUAUAAAAGCUCAUCAUCCAAAGAGGUACCAGAUCAGCAGGAAAUUGACGGAAGAAUAGUGGAGAACAAAGGUCGGCAGGAAGUUGACAGCAGAAAGGUGGAGAACAAAGAUGGAAAUUUCACAGAGACAGAUGCGUGUGUGUCACGGUCCCCGGCACUUGAUCCAGCUGCAGAAUAUAAAAUGAAAUAUGGACGCCGUGGAUUGGCUUUAAUCUUCAACCAUGAAUGGUUUAACUAUCGCUUAAGAAUGCCUGAAAGGAGAGGUACCACAGCUGAUCGAUUUAACCUUGAGAGAAGCUUAACUCAGCUCGGCUUUGAGGUAAAGCACUACUUUAACUGCCCUGCAGCCGAGGUACAUCAACACAUCCAAGAUGCUGCAACAAGUGACCACAGCGACGCCGACUGCUUCCUUUGUGUCUUUCUGAGCCAUGGAGAAAAUGGUCAAAUAUAUGCCCAUGACUGUGCAAUUGAAGUUAAGGACUUGACAAGCCCUUUCAAGGGUGACAAGUGCCCAAGUUUAGCAGGAAAGCCUAAAAUUUUCAUAUUUCAGGCAUGUCGGGGAGAUCAACAUGAUGAGCCAGUCCUUGUUACAGAUGCUACUGACAGUGCUGGAGAGCCUGAGGUUAACAGAGUUGAAGUAGAUGCAGCUGCUCUGUAUACUCUGCCUGCUGCUGCUGAUUUUAUAAUGUGCUAUUCUGUUGCAGAAGGCUACUACUCUCACCGUGAAACCGUAAAUGGGUCUUGGUACAUUCAGGAUCUGUGUGAAGCGAUAAGGAUGCAUGGCAAGGAGCUGGAAUUCACAGAACUGCUAACGCUGGUGAAUAGGAUGGUUUCCCUGCGAUCUGUUGAAGGCUGUUUAAUUGUCGGUGCGAAUGGGAAAAAACAAGUCCCUUGCUUUGCUUCCAUGUUAACCAAAAAGCUGUAUUUAAGACCCAAAUAAAAGUGACAUAACUGUUUUAAUACACAGUGGAAUAAGGGAAGAUCUUACAUUUUGUCCUUUUACAGUUUACCAUUUGUACUAAAGUCGGCACUAUAGCUUAAAAUACUUUAUUAUGGAUUCUCAGGGAAUUACUGUCCAGAGUUGUUGCUUUAUUUUCAUAGACCGUAACUGUUUGUACACAAUUGUUAAUCCUGUUUAAUGUUGCCAUUUUUAGAAAGGGUUGUACACGUGUGCCUUAAGCUGACACUGUUUUGUAAUGAGGUUAAAAUGCCCAAUAAAUCGUUUCCUUUA